GCGCGCGCCGGCGGGUCGGCAGCCUCGCUCUGGCUUGGCUCGAGCCGCGCUCCCGCGCCGCGCCCGCGCGUCAGUCGCUCCCGAGCCGCGGCUGCAGGGGCGGCGGGCGGCAUCCAGCAGAGCGCGCCGACGACCCGGGGAGGCGGCGGUGUCCGCGGCUUCGCGUGAGGAGGCCAGGAGCCCAGAGACUCGCGCGGCGCGAUGGCCCCCAUCGGCCUCAAGGCGGUGGUCGGAGAGAAGAUCAUGCAUGAUGUGAUAAAGAAGGUGAAAAAGAAGGGAGAAUGGAAGGUGCUGGUGGUGGACCAGCUGAGCAUGAGGAUGCUCUCCUCCUGCUGUAAGAUGACGGACAUCAUGACCGAGGGGAUAACAAUUGUGGAAGACAUCAACAAGCGCCGAGAGCCGCUCCCCAGCCUGGAGGCUGUGUAUCUCAUCACUCCCUCUGAGAAGUCUGUCCACUCUCUCAUCAGCGACUUUAAGGACCCGCCGACCGCCAAGUACCGGGCCGCACACGUCUUCUUUACCGACUCUUGUCCAGAUGCCCUAUUUAACGAGCUGGUAAAAUCUCGAGCAGCCAAAGUCAUCAAGACUCUGACGGAAAUCAACAUUGCGUUUCUCCCAUAUGAAUCCCAGGUGUAUUCCUUGGACUCUGCUGACUCUUUCCAAAGCUUCUACAGUCCCCACAAGGCUCAGAUGAAGAAUCCGAUCCUGGAGCGCCUGGCGGAGCAGAUUGCAACUCUGUGCGCCACCCUGAAGGAGUACCCGGCCGUGCGGUACCGGGGGGAAUACAAGGACAACGCUUUGCUGGCUCAGCUAAUCCAGGACAAGCUCGACGCCUACAAAGCCGAUGACCCGACAAUGGGGGAGGGCCCGGACAAGGCACGCUCCCAGCUCCUGAUCCUGGACCGUGGUUUUGACCCCAGCUCCCCUGUCCUCCAUGAGCUGACUUUUCAGGCUAUGAGUUACGACCUGCUGCCUAUUGAAAAUGACGUAUACAAGUAUGAGACGAGCGGCAUCGGGGAGGCGCGGGUGAAGGAGGUGCUCCUGGACGAGGACGACGACCUCUGGAUAGCGCUGCGCCACAAGCACAUCGCGGAGGUGUCCCAGGAAGUCACCCGUUCUCUGAAGGAUUUUUCUUCCAGCAAGAGAAUGAAUACUGGUGAGAAGACCACCAUGCGGGACCUGUCCCAGAUGCUGAAGAAGAUGCCCCAGUACCAGAAAGAGCUCAGCAAGUAUUCGACCCACCUGCACCUCGCCGAGGACUGCAUGAAGCAUUACCAAGGCACUGUGGAUAAACUCUGCCGGGUGGAACAGGACCUGGCCAUGGGCACAGAUGCUGAAGGGGAGAAGAUCAAGGACCCCAUGAGAGCCAUCGUCCCCAUUCUGCUGGAUGCGAAUGUCAGCACUUACGACAAAAUCCGCAUCAUCCUUCUCUACAUCUUUUUGAAGAAUGGUAUCACCGAGGAAAACCUGAACAAGCUGAUUCAGCAUGCCCAGAUCCCGCCGGAGGACAGCGAGAUCAUCACGAACAUGGCACACCUCGGGGUGCCCAUCGUCACGGACUCCACCCUGCGUCGCAGGAGCAAGCCGGAGCGGAAGGAGCGUAUCAGCGAGCAGACGUACCAGCUCUCGCGAUGGACCCCGAUCAUCAAAGACAUCAUGGAGGACACUAUUGAAGACAAACUCGAUACCAAGCACUACCCGUACAUCUCCACCCGCUCCUCUGCCUCCUUCAGCACCACCGCUGUCAGCGCCCGCUAUGGGCACUGGCAUAAGAACAAGGCCCCCGGGGAGUACCGCAGUGGUCCACGCCUUAUUAUCUUCAUUCUGGGGGGCGUGAGCCUGAACGAGAUGCGCUGUGCUUACGAGGUGACCCAAGCCAACGGCAAGUGGGAAGUGCUCAUAGGUUCUACUCAUAUUCUCACUCCCACCAAAUUUCUCAUGGACCUGAGACACCCCGACUUCCGGGAGUCCUCUAGGGUAUCUUUUGAGGAUCAGGCUCCAACAAUGGAGUGAGAGCCAAAGAAACAAAGAUCCACACACAUUCUCACCCCACAGAAACUUCUGGACACGCUGAAGAAACUGAAUAAAACAGAUGAAGAAAUAAGCAGUUAAAAAAUAAGCCGCCCCUCCAAACAAAAACGAACCCUCUCCCCGAAGUGCUCGCAGCCCCGACCGCCUCUGUCCCUUCGCUGACCCCCUCCUCCCUCCAUCGCCUCCCCCGGCUCUGCACGCCUGGCCGGCACUGUCACCGCUGCGUUCUCGUGUUUGGUGAUACCCUCUUUUUCUUGUUUGAAACAAUGCAUUGUUUUUUGAUUUUUUUUUUUUUAAAGAGUCCCUUCUAUGUGUAUCCUGGAGGAGACGUUUGGGGCGAGGGCCGUGCUGCCCCCGGGUUCCUGGAACCAUUUAGGGUGGAUGGACACCUCCUCCCCAUUAGUCAUGAUUUUAUGACCUUGUACAUAGCCCAGCGUGACGUGUGUACAUUUGCUUGCGUAUGGGAAGGUAGACGUUUUUUAAGAACCUGUUUGGGGUCACUCCAUUCGUGUUGGGAGUCUGAGCUAUCCGUUCUUGGAGUGUGUCAGACUGAGGGUGUCUCUUCUCACUCCAGCUCCUCCCCCUCCGUGCCGGCUCUCAUUCACAUGAGCUUGGAAGUGAAGCUCAGGUGACAUCUCGAGAGGUUUGCGCUGGAGCCGACCUCUGCUCUCUCUCCCCAAGGGGCUCACUCCCCCCAUCCCCUGGGGCUGGGGGUUGGCCAUGGGAAGUCGGGCUGGGUGCCCUGUCUCAGCGCCCUCCCUGGCCCCGGCCACAGCGCUGUGGUCCUGUCUGCGGCCUAUCACCGUGCCUGGAUGAGAGAGAAGCAGGCUUCCACUGGGGACCUGUGUCUCCAGUUAGACCUGGUUCUUCAGACCCCAUCCUUCCCCAGGCAUCACCCCCCACACCACCGCCAGAGCUCCUCUUUCUCGGAGAGGUCAGCCUGGAUUGAGCUCCCGGCUCAGCAACGGACUAGGACUGGGAGGGUCCAGCAGGCUCCUGGUUCAGAGGUCCCUUUCCUGUCUGCGCCCCUGAGGCUUCAAACUACACGAAGAGUAGCCUGCUGGGUUUACACAGACCCCAAUCCCACCCCAGAUCAUCCUCUGUUUAAGAUACUCCCUAAUACUUUAUUUUGUGUAGUGUGGGGUCGUAUGUCGUCAUGCUUGUAAGAAGAAAACAAUCAUUUUACUCUCUGUAUAAAGACGUAGCUGUAUAAAUCUUAGCUGUUGAUGCAGAAAUCAAAGAGGCCAAUGCAGGAAGGAUGUUUCCUCGUCCUCAGGACUCAGCGGCUCGUUCUCCGGAAGGGAGCACACUCUGUUCUGCUGCUGCUGUGAACUAUAACGACAGUGGAAGUCACAAAAAAUGUCCCGCACCCCCCCAUGCCCUUGAACCCCCCCCAGACCAUGUGUGUAUAUUACUGUCUUGUGGCAUCAUUGUUGCAAACGUGUGUGUGUGUGCUAGUUCUCCGCCACCCCCUCUUCCCUUUCAGAAUAUAUCCUCCGCCCGCCCCGUUAGAUGCAUCGUGGCGUUCUCUUAAGGCUUUGAAAUCUUCCCCCUUUGCACUCAGAUUAGUUUGCAGGUCUGUCUCCCUGCCCCGCUUCCUUACGAGAUCUUAUUUCCUUAGGACAGACUGUAAGGACAUGCCUUGGUUUCUUCCUGUUAAAACUGCUUGUUUUGUCCCCUGCCCUUGACCAAACGACGCUCGUGCUUUAGGACCUUGUUUGUCCAACACGUUGGUUUUCCUUUCUCUGUUAUUUAUAUAAAAAAAUAAUUUAUCAAAAGGAUAUUUUAAAAAAAGCUAGUCUGUCUUGAAACUUGUUUACCUUGAAAUUAUCAGAAUCUCAGUGUUUGAAAGUAUUGAAGCACAAACGUGUAUCAUCUCUGUACCGUUCUGUACUAAAGCACUCGAGUCUAAUAAAGAAAUAAAUCAGCGCCCGUG